AGCCAACCCCCUUUGGCCUGGAGGGGCGCUGGGAGGGGAGGACGGCUGGAAGCCGCGGCGGCCUCGGCGCCCCGGCCGAAGGGCGGGAGGACACCGCCACCCGCAGCCUCCCGGGGCGCAUUGCAGCCGCGACGGCGGGCCGGCCUGCUGCGCGGGGCGCGACCGGCGGCGGACGCGAGCGCGGCCCAGGUCCCCGGCUGGCGGCGGCGGCGGCGGCGCGCGGGAGCGGGGAAGCAGCCAUGGCCCCGGGCUGCCCGCGCCUCUGGGUCCUGGUGGUCCUGGGCGCCGGCUGCGCAGGCUGGGGGCGCCCGGGGGCCGAGGCGGCGCGGCUGAGGCAGUUCUACGUGGCCGCGCAGGGCAUCCGCUGGGACUACCGCCCCGAGCCCGCAGACCCGAGUUCGAAUCCUUUUGCAACUUCCUUUCAGAAAAUUGUCUACAGAGAGUAUGAACCAUAUUUUCAGAAAGAAAAACCACGAUCCAAAAUUUCAGGACUUCUUGGGCCAACUUUGUAUGCGGAAGUUGGAGAUAUCAUGAAAGUUCACUUCAAGAAUAAGGCAGACAAGCCCUUGAGCAUCCACCCUCAAGGAAUUAAAUACAGUAAAUUCUCAGAAGGUGCGUCUUACUCUGACCACACAUUCCCUGUGGAAAAGCUGGAUGAUGCUAUAGCUCCAGGCCAGGAAUAUACCUAUGUGUGGAAUAUCAGUGAGGACAGCGGGCCCACGUACAAUGACCCUCCGUGCCUCACACACACCUAUUACUCCUAUGAAAAUUUGGUACAGGACUUCAACUCUGGGCUGAUUGGACCUCUGCUUAUUUGUAAGAAAGGCACCCUGACUGAGGAUGGGAUUCAGAAGAUGUUUGACAAACAACAUGUGCUGAUGUUUGCCGUGUUUGACGAAAGCAAGAGCUGGAGCCAGUCAUCGUCUUUAAUGUACACGGUCAAUGGUUACGUGAACGGGACAAUGCCAGAUAUCACUGUUUGUGCCCAUGACCACAUUAGCUGGCAUCUGAUUGGAAUGAGCUCUGGGCCAGAACUGUUCUCCAUUCAUUUCAACGGCCAGGUCUUGGAGCAGAAUCAUCAUAAGAUCUCAGCCAUCACCCUUGUCAGUUCUACGUCCACUACCGCAAACAUGACUGUGGGCCCAAAGGGCAAGUGGAUCAUAUCUUCUCUCGUCCCAAGUCAUUUUCAAGCCGGGAUGCAGGCUCAUAUAGACAUUGCAAGCUGUGCAAAGAAAACCAGGAAUCCUAAGAAACUAACUCGCGACCAGAGGCGGCACAUGAAGAGGUGGGAAUACUUCAUUGCUGCAGAGGAAGUCAUUUGGGACUAUGCACCGAUAAUACCAGCGAAUAUGGACAAAAAAUACAGAUCUCUGCAUUUGGAUAAUUUCUCAAACCAAAUUGGAAAACAUUAUAAGAAGGUUGUCUACAAGCAGUACCAAGAUGAGUCUUUCACCAAACGCAUGGAGAAUCCCAAUAUCAAAGAAGAUGGGAUCUUGGGUCCUAUUAUCAGAGCCCAGGUCAGAGACACACUCAAAAUCGUGUUCAAAAAUAUGGCCAGCCGUGUCUACAGCAUUUACCCUCAUGGAGUGACCUUCUCUCCUUAUGAAGAUGAAGUCAACUCUUCCUUCACUUCAGGCAAUAACACUAUGAUCAGAGCAGUUCAGCCAGGGGAAACCUAUACUUACAAGUGGAACAUCCUAGAGUCUGAUGAACCCACAGAAAAUGAUGCCCAGUGCUUGACAAGACCAUACUACAGUAAUGUGGACAUCACCAGGGACAUUGCCUCUGGGCUGAUCGGGCUACUUCUAAUUUGUAAGAGCAGAUCCCUGGAUAAACGAGGCAUACAGAGGGCAGCAGACAUUGAGCAGCAGGCUGUGUUUGCUGUGUUUGAUGAGAACAAGAGCUGGUACAUUGAGGACAAUAUCAACAAGUUCUGCGAAAAUCCCGAUAAGGUGAAACGUGAUGACCCCAAGUUUUAUGAAUCAAACAUCAUGAGCACUAUCAAUGGCUAUGUGCCUGAGAGUAUACCCACGCUAGGAUUCUGCUUUGAUGACACUGUCCAGUGGCACUUCUGCAGUGUAGGGACCCAGGAUGACAUUUUGACCAUUCACUUCACUGGGCACUCAUUCGUCUAUGGAAAGAGACAUGAGGACACCUUGACGCUCUUCCCCAUGCGUGGGGAAUCUGUGACCGUCACAAUGGAUAAUGUUGGAACUUGGAUAUUAACUACAGUGAAUUCCAGUCCCAGAAGCAAGAACCUAAGGCUGCGAUUCAGGGACGUUAAGUGUAUCCGGGAUGAAGACGAAGAUUCAUAUGAGAUUAUAUAUGAACCUCUGGCAUCUACAGCCAUGACUACGCGGAAAAUCCGUGAUUCUUCAGAAAACAGAGGUGAAGAGGACGAUGGUGACUAUGAUUAUCAGGAAAACCUGGCUUCAUGGUUAGGAAUUAGGUCAUUCAGAAAUUCAUCACUGAAUCAAGAGGAAGAGGAGUUUAAUCUUACUGCCCUAGCUCUGGAGAACUACUCUGAGUUCAUUCCUUCAAGUACUGAUCCAGCUAUUCGUUCAAAUUCUUCUUUCCUGAGUAGCAUUAGCAGGCUUAUUGUCCAUAACUUUGCAGGACCUCACAAAACGCUUCCUCGCCCAGAAGCCACCACAGCUGGUCCCCCCUUGGGACGCAUUGGCUUGGACAAGAAAUCAGUUCUCAACUCUUCCACAGCAGAACAUUCCAGCCCUUAUUCUGAAGACUCCAUGGAGGAUCCUCUCCCAUCAGAUAUCACAGGGAUAAGCCUUCUUCCGCUCGAUGCAGAUGGUUUCAGGAAUCAAAAACAUGCUAAGCACAAUGGAUCCAAGAAAGGAAGAGACCACACAACAAAGCAUGGGAUCUCCCAGGUGGGACUUUCAGCAUAUAAAACUGGGAGACAUUUAAGACAAGGCAACUCUUCUCCUUCCAGAACGGGAGCCUGGGAAGACCUUCGCGGUGACCUGUUACUCUUAAGACAAAAGAACCCAUCAAAGAUUUUGAAUGGGAAAUGGCAUCCGGCUUCUGAGAAAGGUAGUUAUGAAAUAGUCCAAGAUGCUGAUGAAGACACAGCUGCCACUAAGCUGCUGAGCAGCCCUCAGAAUGCCUCGAGGACUUUGGGAAAAAGCAGCCCUUUCACAAACAAAGACAGAAGGCAGAGUGGCCACCCCCCAUUUUCUGGAAUUAGAAAGAAAUUUCUGCAAGAAAGACAGGAUGGAGGAAACGGUAGAUUGAAGAAAAGCCCUUUUUUCAUUAAAACACGAAAAAAGAAAAAGGAAGAGAAGCUUGCACACCAUAUUCCUCUAUCUCCAAGGGGCUUUCAUCCUCUAAGAAAGGCUAAUACCACAUUUGCAGACAGGAGACUUAAUCACUCAUUGUUAUUCCAUAAAUCCAAGGAAACACCUUUUUAUCCCACAGACCUCAAUCAGACAUUCCCCUCUGUGAAUCUUAGCCUGAUAGCCUCACUUCCUAACCAUAAUCAGAAUCCCCCAAAUGACACCAGUCAGACAAGCUCCCCUUCAGAUCUUUAUCAGACAAUAACCCCAGAAGAACGCUAUCAAACAUUCCCUAUUCAAGACUCUGAUCAAAUGCACUCCACUACAGAGUCUAGUCAUGGAUCUCUCCCAGAGCCUGGCCAGAUGCUCAACUAUGACCUAAGGAACAAGUCCUUCCCUACUGGCAUUGCUCAGAUGUUCCCUUCCUUGGAGCCUGAAGCCUGGCAGACAACCAUCUCUGCAGAUCUCAGUCAACCAACCCUUUCCCCAGACCUCAGCCAGACAGCUGUUUCCCCAGACCUUGGCCAGAUGCUCCUUUCCCCAGACCUCAGCCAGGAGCCUCUCUUAUCAGACCUCAGCCAGAUGGCCGUUUCUCCAGACCACAGACAAACAACCCUUUCUCCAGACCUCAGCCAGACAGAUGUUUCCCCAGACCUCAGUGAGAUAACCAUUUCCCCAGAUCUCAUAAAGAUGAACCUUCCCCCAGACCUCAGCCAGAUGCCCUUCUUCCCAGACCUCAGCCAGGAGACUCUCUCAUCAGUCGUCAGCCAGAUGCCUCUUUCCCCAGACCUCGGCCAGGAGACCCUCUCAUCAGAUGUUGGCCAAACAACCCUUUCUCCAGAUACCAGCCAGACAACACUCUCUCAAGACCUUGGUCAGAUACCCCUUUCCCCAGACAUUAGUCAAACAGCCCUUUCUCCUGAUCUCAGGCAGACAUCAUCUCCUCCAGACCUUGAUCAGACAUCCAACACCUCUGAAUUUAGUCAUUCAUUGCUUCUUCCAGAAUUUGGUCAGACUUCCCCUUCUCCAGACCUUAGUCAGGUGCCAUCUCCUCCACUAUCUUCUACAGUAAAUAACACUUUUAUACCAAGGGAACUUAACCCACCAGUUGUAAUAGGCCUCAGUGGAAAUGAUGGAGAUUACAUUGAGAUUAUUCCAAGGCAGAAGGAAGAGAGCAGUGAAGAAAUCAUUGAUGACACUGAUUACGUGGCCUAUGAUGACCCUUACCAAACUGAUGUUAGGACAGACAUUAACUCUUCCAGAGAUCCCGACAACAUUGCAGCAUGGUAUCUCCGCAGCAACAAUGGAAACAAGAAAUAUUAUUACAUUGCUGCUGAAGAACUAUCCUGGGAUUAUUCAAAAUUUGCUCAAAGUGAAGUAGAUAAUGAAGACAUUGACGAUGUUCCAGAGAACACCAUAUACAAGAAAGUGGUCUUUCGAAAGUAUCUUGAUGGCUCUUUUACCAAACGUGAUCCUACGGGGGAGCUUGAAGCUCAUCUCGGCAUUCUUGGUCCUGUUAUUAGAGCUGAAGUGGAUGAUGUCAUCCAAGUUCGUUUUAAAAAUUUAGCAUCCAGACCAUAUUCUCUUCAUGCCCAUGGGCUUUCCUAUGAAAAGUCAUCAGAGGGAAAGUCUUAUGAAGAUGAUUCUCCUGAAUGGUUUAAGGAAGAUAAUGUUGUUCAGCCGAACAGCAGUUAUACGUAUGUAUGGCACGCCACUCCAAGGUCGGGGCCAGAAAACCCUGGCUCUGCCUGCCGGGCUUGGGCCUACUACUCAGCAGUGAACCCGGAAAAAGAUAUCCAUUCUGGCUUGAUAGGUCCCCUUCUGAUCUGCCAAAAAGGAGUACUUCAUAAGGAGAGCAACACGCCCGUGGACAUGAGAGAAUUUGUCUUACUCUUUAUGGUCUUUGACGAAAGGAAGAGCUGGUACUAUGAAAAGAAACCCCAGUCUCCCAACACUUGGAGACUGUCAUCCUCUGAAGAAAAAACCUCCCACGAGUUUCAUGCCAUUAAUGGGAUGACUUACAGCUUGCCUGGCCUGAGAAUGUAUGAGCAAGAGUGGGUGAGGUUGCACCUGCUGAACAUGGGCGGCUCCCGAGACAUUCAUGUGGUUCACUUUCACGGCCAGACCUUGCUGGAAAACGGCACCCAACAGCACCAGCUAGGGGUCUGGCCCCUUCUGCCUGGUUCAUUUAAAACUCUUGAAAUGAAGGCAUCAAAAUCCGGUUGGUGGCUCCUUGACACAGAGGUUGGAGAAAACCAGAGAGCUGGGAUGCAAACACCUUUUCUCAUCAUAGACAGAGAAUGUAAGAUGCCAAUGGGACUAAGCACUGGUAUCAUAGCUGAUUCACAGAUCAGGGCUUCUGGGCAUUGGGGUUAUUGGGAGCCCAAACUAGCAAGAUUAAACAAUGGUGGAUCAUAUAAUGCUUGGAUCACAGAAAAGCCUUCAGAAGUUGACCUUAAACCUUGGAUCCAGGUUGACAUGCAGAGGGAAGUCAUCCUCACAGGGAUCCAAACCCAAGGUGCCAAACACUAUCUGAAGUCCUACUACACCAUGGAGUUCUAUGUGGCCUACAGCUCUGACCAGACAAACUGGCAGAUCUUCAAAGGGAACAGCACAAGGAACGUGAUGUAUUUUGAUGGCAAUUCGGAUGCCUCUACAAUAAAAGACAAUCAGUUUGACCCACCCAUCGUGGCUAGAUAUAUUAGGAUCUCUCCAACCAGAUCCUACAAUAGAGCUGCCCUUCGCUUGGAGCUACAAGGCUGUGAGGUUAACGGAUGCUCCACACCGCUGGGUAUGGAAAGUGGAAAGAUAGAAAACAAGCAAAUCACAGCUUCCUCAUUUAAAAAAUCUUGGUGGGGAGAUUACUGGGAACCUUUCCGUGCCCGUCUCAAUGCCCAGGGCCGUGUGAAUGCCUGGCAAGCCAAGGCAAACAACAACAAGCAGUGGUUACAAAUUGACCUACUCAAAAUCAAGAAAAUAACUGCGAUUGUAACACAGGGCUGCAAGUCUCUGUCCUCGGAAAUGUACGUGAAGAGCUACACCAUCCACUACAGCGACCAGGGAGUGGACUGGAAAUCGUACAGGCAGAAAUCCUCCAUGGCGGACAAGAUUUUCGAAGGAAAUAAUAAUGUCAAAGGACAUGUGAAGAAUUUUUUCAACCCACCAAUUAUUUCCAGGUUUAUCCGCAUCAUUCCUAAAACAUGGAACCAAAGUAUUGCACUUCGCUUGGAACUCUUUGGCUGUGAUAUUUACUAGAAUUGAAUAUUCAAGGACAUAGGAAAGACUCUUAAAGAUAUCAAGCGAUUUAGAGCGGGCAAUGUAUUUUAUAGCUAUUUUAAAUAUUAAUAAUUUUGAUUGUUUCCCUUUUCUCUAUUAGAGAAUAAAAUUUUAUGUAUGAAACUUUCAUAAUGUAACUCCUUGCUACAAUUCAGUGAGGUGAUGGCUAUUAUUUAUUCAGAUACAUGGGAAAAUACCAAGAACCAACAAAUGGCUUAUCUGUCACAAUGAUUUAAAAUGCUAUAUAAAGUAAUAUUUAUGUAGUUAGCAUGCUUCAUUAUAGUUCUGUAGAAACCUAAAAACACUAGGGGCUCCUGGGUGGCUCAGUCAUUUACGCGUCCAACUCUUGAUUUCGGCUCAGGUCAUGAUCUUGCAGUUUGUGGGUUUGAGUCCUGCAUCUGGCUCUUUGCUGACAGAGUAGAGCCUGCUUGGGAUUCUCUAUCUCCCUCUCUUUCUGCCCCUUCCCGCCAGCGUGUGCUUCUCUCUAAGAAAUAAACACUUUUUUUUUUUUAAACCUGUACACACUAAUAAAAGAGAUAUUACUUUUUUAAGCCAUUUAUAGACCUGGAUAGCUUUCACACCUACCUUAAAAAAAAAAAAAAGAACUAUGAUUUAAGAGUAAAGGAAACAAAUAACAUUUUUAAAUGGUUCAUUUUUCUUGACAUGAAGAGAAAAAUAUCUUACCAUAUGAAAUAAUGAGUCAUUAAAAUACCCUGCCUUCCUUACGUGACAAUGAUUUUUCUGACCCUCUAUGAGAUAAAAUGAUGUCCAGAGUUAGGGGUCUUUAGAUACAAAACACAACCCAAAUAACCAUGGGAGAAAUGAACCCUUGGCCUCACUCUAGCUGACACUACAAUGGUAUACUGUUUUUUCAAAGCACAGGUUCACCUAAGGGAAAGCUAAAACCUGUAAAGCAGCAUUGGAACCACUGGCCCAAAUGCAGCUGUUCCUGCUAAAACUGGCGAGCAAUUGUGGCUUUCUUUCAGUGCCCUUCCUUCCAGGGCCCCAACCUCCCCCUCUCCCUUCCUCAACAACUUCCCCUUUCAGCGCUCCCUUCCAUGGGAACUUGGCAUCCAAUGAUCCCAUAGAUACCGUGAGACUGGGGAGCUCUCUGGUCCACUUCAGCCACAUGGGAUAGGCAGUCACUGGUAAGACUAUCUUUUUGUGGAACAAACCACCCCAAAUCUGAAUGCUUAAAGCAACACGUUUAUUCUUUCUCAUGAUUCUGUGGGUUGACUGGGCUCGGCUGGGUGGUUUGACUCCUGACUACAUUGUGGGGAUCUCUAGUGAGGUCAUAGGCAGGGCUGGAGGCAGAGUCAUCAGAAGGCUCAAUGGGACAUUGAAACAGCUGAUCUUCUGUCACUCCUCAAGUGGUUUCAGGUCAUUUCCUCAUGACGUGGCAGCCAAGUGGUCCAUCCGUUUGCUGUCUCCGAUAGGAGAGUUGGGCUUCAUGUAAGGUGGUUCAGGCUCCUCAAAGCAAGUGUUCAUGGUUUAGGAAGCAGAAGUUGCCAGUCCUCUUAAAGGUUAGGCCUGGAACUGGCACAGCCUCACUCUGCAGCGUCCUAUUGGUUAACACAAGUCACAGGUGCAUCCCAAGGAGUAGAAUUCAUUGAGAACAUCUUUAGAUACUAACUAUCAGAGUUACCUAUUGCAUCCAUGGGUGGGCUGAGUCCUGUGAAUGCAUAGGGGAGCUUCAAACAUCCACAAAAUAUGGCUUUCUCCCCCCGCCCCCGCACCUUUAUUACAAUAUAUUUGACAAAUAAAAUUGUAAUAUGUUUAAGUGCAGAACUUGAUGAUCUGACAUAUGUAAAUGUUGUAAAAGGAUUCCCAUUGUCAAGUUAAUUAACUCAUCAUCCUCUCACCGUUACUGUUUUGUUUUGGUCAGAAUGCUUAAGAUCUACUAUCUUAGCAAAUUUCAAAUAUAAAAUACAGUAUUAUCAACUAUAGCCUCCAUGCUAUAUAUUAAAUCCACAGAACUUAUUCAUCCUAUAAUUGAAAGUUUAUACCCUUUUUACCAGGUUCUCCCCCAUUUCUUCCACUUGCCAGCCCCUGGCAUCACCAUUCUACUCUUUGCUUCUAUGACUUCAACUUUUUAUUUUAAUUCUGAAUAGUGAUACCAUGCAGUAUUGGUCUUUGUCUAGCUUGUUUCACUUAGCAUAAUGACCUCCGGGUUCAUCCAUGUUGUCACAAAUGGCAAAAUUUCCUUCUUUUUUAAGGCUUCAUAAUAUUCCAUUGUAUAUAUACCACAUUUUUUUUAUCCAUUCAUCUAUUGACAUACACUUAAGCUGUUUCCAUAGCUUGACUAUCAUGAAUAAUGCUGCAAUGAACAUGGGAAUAUACAUAUCUUUUAAGCAGAUGAUUUGGUUUCCUUUGUACAUAUAUCUACAAAUGAGAUUGCUAAAUAAUAUGAUACAGUAGUUUUGUCUUUAAUUUCUUGAGGAAGUGCUAUACUAUUUUCCAUAGAGGCUGUACCAGUUCACAUUCCCACCCAAAGUGUGCAUCUUCACCAGGAUUUGUUGUCUUUUGUCAUUUUGAUAAUAGCCAUUCUAACCAAGUAUGAGCUUAUAACUCAUUAUGGUUCUGAAUUUGCAUUUCCUUGAUGACUAGUGACGUUGAGCAUAUUUUCACUGGCCAUUUCAUUUCAUCUAUUGGCCAUUUAUAUGUCUUCUUUGAAAAAUGUAUAUUCAGAUUCUUUGCCCAUUUUUUUUAUUUGGGUUAUUUGGGUUUUUUGCUAUUGAGUUGUAUGAAUUCCUUGUGUAUUUUGGGUAUUAAUCCCUUAUCAGAUAUGUGGUUUGCAAAUAUUUUCUCCAAUUCAGUACACUGUGUUUUCGUUUUGUUGAUAGUUUCCUUUUAUGCCCAGAAGACUUUGAGUUGGAUAUCGUCCCACUUGUUUACUUUAUGCUUUUUGGUGUCAUAUCCAAAAAAUCAUUGCCAAGGCCAAUGUCAAAGACCUUAUCUUCAAUGCUCUAGGAGUUUUAUGAUAUCAGAUCUUAUAUUUGGGUCUUUAACCCAUUUUGAGUUGGUUUUUCUGUAUGGUGUAAGCUAAUGGUCCAAUUUCAUUCAUUUGCAUGUAGAUACCAACACACUUAUUAAAGAGACUAUCCUACUCCCA